AUGGGUCUACCGUCUCACGAGCAUAACCAACUGACUAGUGCUGCGGCCGCGUUCGUACCGAUCGUUUGCUUGUAGUCUCACUCCCCGUGUCUGUGUAUUUUCGUAUCCUCUCUAUUUUCGAUCCCUCGUAAAUACAUAAAGAAUACGAGUCCCGUUCUUAACAAUAAGAAAAGAAAAAGUUAUCGAACCAAGAGAAAGGACAAAGAUCAGUCGUACACCCCAUAUUUUUAAAGGAGUGAACAUUUUGAAAAUCAAAAAAGUUUCGAAUUAAUUAUAGUACAUUGCGUCAUAGUACAAUUUAUACUCGUGAUAAAAAAAUCGUCAAUCCUAUCGUUUUCAAUCCGAGAAUCCAUAUACCAAGAAUUUGGAACGAUUCUAUCCCGGUGCACUGCUUAGAAAUUCUUCUUGACCUCAACUCGUGAAGCCUCUGACGAUUCUUCUUUUUUUUCCGAAAAUUUUUUUUCUUCCGCUGAGAGUUCACGCGUCGACUCCUUAAACGAUCCUUCAUUCGGUUCAUACGUUCCCUCGUCAUCGUCGUAGCGACAUACUUGGACUCGACUUUCUCCUCCAGUGCCGGUCGGAGUGGACGUCCUCCGCGCGAAACGAUUCCUCCACGGAAUAACAAGUUGGUAAACGGCACUGCAUGGGACACUGGAUCCAAGAAAUUAACGAAAAGGAAUCACAGGAAGUGCUGUUUGUAAAGUGAGCGGAAGUGCAAAAGGAUGAGGGUUCAACGUGGAAUCUGCGCGAAACUGCAGGGUGGAUUUUUGCGGCGCUGGUGGGCAGCCGUGGCCGUUGGCGUACUUCUAAUAAUAAUAGCUGCUGUACUGGCAGUACUGUUUCCGAAAAUCGUCAACGUCCUGAUUAACAAGGAGGUUGCACUGCGCGAAGGAGGCCGUGCCUUUGGUUGGUGGAAGCAACCACCGGUGUCGCCACAUAUGCAUGUUUAUAUAUACAAUGUAACCAAUGCCGACGAGUUUUUGAACAACGGGAAGAAACCGGCCCUUCAGGAAUUGGGUCCUUAUGUCUAUAUCGAACGAUGGGAAAAGAUUAACGUCACUUUUCACGGGAAUGACACAGUCAGCUAUCAACAAAGAAAGGAAUUCGUAUUCUCACCGGAAUUGUCAGCGGGCUCCGAAGAGGACCUCGUUGUCGUACCAAAUGUCCCGAUGUUGUCGGCGACAAGUCAAUCGAAACACGCAGCGCGCUUUCUUCGACUGGCAAUGUCCUCCAUAAUGGAUAUCCUGAAGAUCAAACCGUUUGUUGAAGUAUCCGUAGGACAAUUGUUGUGGGGUUAUGAAGAUCCUCUUUUGAAACUCGCUAAGGACGUGGUGCCUAAAGAGCAGAAGCUUCCUUACGAUCAGUUUGGUCUGAUGUACGGUAAAAAUGGCACUGGUGCUGAUCACUACACUGUUUUCACGGGUCAGAAUGACAUAACAAAAUAUGGCAUGCUGGAUAAAUGGAAUGGCAAAAAGGGUCUAGGACAUUGGACUACUCCGCAUUGUGAUAGCGUGAUGGGAAGCGACGGAAGUAUCUUUCCACCUCAUAUCACAAAGCACACUGUACUUAAAGUAUUUGACAAGGAUCUCUGCAGAGCCCUUCCUCUGGUUUAUAAGCAAGAAGUCAUGACUGCCGGAGGAGUUCCUGGCUUUAGAUUUGUCCCUCCUGCUGAUGUCUUUGCGUCAUCCGAAAGGGUUCACUCUCAACAAUGUUAUUGCCCUGCUGGACCACCCUGUGCACCGGAAGGUACAUUCAAUGCCAGCUUGUGCCAAUACGAUUCGCCUAUCUUGUUGAGCUUCCCGCAUUUCUAUUUGGCGGACCCCGCGUUACGUGAAGCUGUAACCGGCAUGUCACCGCCUAAUUCUGAGGAGCACCAGCUCUUUAUCGACGUACAACCUACGAUGGGUACGGCCCUGAGGGCCCGUGCACGUAUUCAGAUAAAUCUUGCUGUUAGCCACGUUCGUGAUAUCAAACAAGUCGAAUCUUUUCCUGAUAUUAUUUUCCCCAUUAUGUGGUUUGAGGAUGGUAUUGAUGAACUUCCGAACGAGAUGACGUCUCUUUUGAAGAUGGCGGUGGACGUACCUCCAGUAGCACAUGCAGCAGUAUCUGCUACAUUGGCAGCCCUGGGUAUCAUAGUUCUCGCUGGUGCACUAAUGUGUUUAGCGCGAGCAGCACGACGCCAAGAGAAAUUGCAUCUAAGUAAUCCAUUGCCGGCUAACGCGAGCACCGGUAAAAACGGCAUGAGUCCAGCCUUCCAAACUUCGACGGGAACAAAAUAAUUCGCCGCCAUCGAAUCCUUCGUUUCUAAUUUACGAAACGGGUAUCGACUACUCGAUCAGCUGUCUCUCGCUCUUAUCUUGUAUCCUGUACAUCAUUCACGUGUUCCACGUGAACUUUAACCGAUCGAGACGAUAUCACUGAUCGUUCGAUUUCCAUCGUAUUGUCGUCAUGAUUAGUCGUGGUGCGUCAGCCAUGUGCACCAAUUUAUUUUGCGCGAUAUAUUUAUUCCUCGUCUUUGACUAGUUUUCUUUUUUUGUUUUAAUUGAAGAAAUCGUCAGGAACGGCGAUAUUAGCGACGGUCAAAGGACGCGGAUAGUUGUUAAGUUAAAGCUUUGAAUGAAAGUUACGGAUAAUUUGUUAUCGUUGAAGUCACUAUGUAUUACCGGAUAUACUCAAUGGCGAGCGAUAAUGAAAUGAUUCUAAGACGAACGUUGAAGACAAAAAUCGGCAAUGAGCUCUGCUUCGCAUUUUAUGUAGAUACGAUUUUGUAGAUCAACGUGGACUAGCACAGUUUGUACGCGGUGCGUGCGAUUUCAUGGAGAAACGACUCUGCCUGUCGAAUCGGCGCAUUUCUGACGAUCUUAUGAAGACGCCAUAAUACGUAAUUGUAUCUUCAAUCGGGACUUGAGCGUUUGUAGGAAGGAAAGCUCCUAUUAUGUUUUACAUACAUUGGAUAUUAGGUUGUUAGAAAUAUUGAGAUCUCUAAUUAAGAACGUGGACUGGAAAUAUUAUUAGAAGCUGGUGAAAUCUUUAUGUUAAGAAA